AAUCUAUGUGUUGAAUAUGGAAGGUGUGAAGGUAGCAAAGAAGAAAAUCCUUUGUUUGCAUGGAUUCAGAACCAGUGGGAGCUUCCUCAAAAAGCAAAUCAGCAAAUGGGAUCCUUCAAUUUUUGCUCAUUUUGACAUGGAUUUUCCAGAUGGAAUUUACCCUGCAGGAGGGAAAUCUGAGAUUGAGGGCAUAUUUCCACCACCUUAUUUUGAGUGGUUUCAAUUCAACAAGGAUUUUACCGAGUACACCAACUUGGAAGCAUGUAUAGACUACUUAUGCAACUACAUUACAACAAAUGGUCCAUUUCAUGCCUUUUUAGGCUUCUCUCAGGGAGCUUCAUUGUCAGCACUUCUACUUGGAUAUCAAGCACAGGGAAAGAUACUGAAAGAGCAUCCACGUAUAAGUCUGUUUGUAUCCAUAUCCGGGUCGAAAUUUAGGGAUCCAACCAUAUGUGAGGUUGCUUACAAAGAUGUGAUCAAGGUUAGAUCAGUUCAUUUUGUUGGGGAGAAGGAUUGGCUAAAACUUCCUUCUGAGGAGCUGGCUGCAGCGUUUGAGGACCCUUUGAUCAUACGACAUCCUCAAGGCCACACCGUGCCUAGGCUAGAUGAAGAGGGUGUUGAGAAGAUUUGCAGGUGGAUUAGGCAUGAUGUUGUGUUGCAGAAUGGAGAAGUGAAUGAGAGUGAGGUUAAAGAAGCAGUUCCAAUGGAGAAAAGAGAAGAAAUUGAAGCUUAGAGUUGAUCAAGAAUGCUCUUUUUAGUUAUGUUUGCAAUCAUUUUUAUGUUUAGAGGUCCUAUGGUUUAGCUAUCUACUUUUUAUUCAUUUAAAUAAAAGAGGUUUCGUUAGUCAAGUAUGAAUAAUAUAAAAUUGAUUUUAUA